GAUAGUUGAAGUUACAUCUAUUAACAGAUAUUCUAGGUACAUUUAACCAUAUAAUAAUAGACAUGUCUUCUUCAGACUCUGCCGGGCAGCGCUUGCAAAAGCUUCAGCUGCUCCAAAGUCAGCAACAGGAAGACAUCGACGAUUUGGAUGUGGAGGAUACAAUUGUAUCACUACUUGUGAAAGACAGCGCCGAUGUAACUGGCGUCUUUAGAAAUUGUCCAGUCGAAAUCAUCUUGCAGGUCAUGAGCGAGCUUGAUCCCGUUUCCAAAGUUUGUUUCUCGCUAACUGGCUCGCACUUCCGAAGAGUAUCCAAGAAGUAUUCCGACAUUGACAAAUACAUCCAUGGUCAAUGUCACCCUUCAAGUCUCGAUACCUGCCAUGCUUCUCGGCUAUCCUUGCCUCUAAGCCUGCAAGUAUCGACGUGCGGAAACUUUAUAUUGGAUCUUGACAAGCGCUGCUUUGACUAUCUGCCACUUGAUGAUAGUGAAGUACAAUGGUACCCGACUCUCGCGGACUUACUGUGGAACGAGAACUUCUUCUGGAGCGGUGGUGCACAAUGGUGCGACGGAUGCUAUAGAGUUCUGCCACCCACAAGUUGGGAUCAGUGUGCAAUGGAGAAGGAAUUUUGGGACCACGUUGAGAACCCAUCGUCGACCAAAUUGCUUCCUCAUGAAUACAUCACCGACCUCCUUGCCAGAGCUCUUGUCCAAGGAGUCAACAAGCGUCGCUCGGAUUAUCAUUUCACCGGUGAUCCUGCCAGUUUUAUCCCGCGAAUAAAGGCCCUCAGCUACGGCGGACAAUCUUAUCAGUCUCAAAGAAACGAUAUUGAUUUGACUAUCUGCGCAAAAUGCAGAGUCAAGAAGAUCGUUACUGAUAACGGUCGCAGACAAGAAGCGUGGACCUGGGGAUCGAGUGGAUUCGAAGGAACUGGAAAAAAGUCCGACGGAGUCAGUAUGGCUGGACACGGUAAGAAUGUGGGACGGGCUGUGUAUGCGGAUAAUUUGGCGGAUCCACAAUUACCCGAUAGCUGGAUGUAUUUCGUAUUGUGGGAGGACAUCCUACGAGAAUCUGGACAUUUCGUAAAGGAGUAUGAGAAAGUAGAGUUGCCGUGUCCGAGACGUAAAGUUACGAAAACUAUUGAGCUGACAGAAUUGGAUUGGUAAUUACAAAGUUUAUAUCAAUCAAUUUAUUCAGAGCA